GAUUCCUCACCUGAGCUUCUAGGUGAGCUGGAGCUGCUAGAAGAAUUACUACGCCGACGCUUUGCUAGAGUUUCCUCAUCUUGAUGAUAAUUUUCGUUCGCCAUUUCUAAUAUUCUUCUUGAUCGUGACCCCAUCUUGAAAGAAAAAAAAAGCUUUAUUAGUAAAAUAUUAUUAUAAACAAUGUGACAAGAUGAUGAAUUUCUUCAUUCAAUAACAACAUUUCAAAGAUGUACCGCGACAUCCUGUUAUAAACGCUGUGUGAAUUUAAAUAAGUAUAAAAGUUAAUUACAUACAACGUGACAUGCUAACACUAACCAAUUUUAUUUUCGUCAUUUUCAAAGUAACAACGUGUUAUUAAAGUGAUGAACAAGUACGAUCAAUUAUUCUAUUAAUGCUAAAAUGCGACAUAAAAAGUGUAACACAUUAUAGAAUAAAAUAAAUAAGUAAUAAAAUAACUUACCUUUACUACAAAAAGGUGUCAUGCAGGUCGUGACACGUUGUUGUCUUAAAUCUCGAGCAACUGCUCAUGUGCACUGCACUGUCGCACUGAGGUGGCGCGGUGUGGAAAUAAGCUUAGCUGCCGAACGAGACAGCGCUACAACGUGACAUGCCCUCUCUUUUCCUCACACUUUUGUCAGUAUUGGCUUAAAUUAUACCACGUUUUUGCACUAAAUAGAUUCGAGUACGGUGAAUAAAAUGGUGGUAAUAACUCAAAACCGAGUUAUGCCAUUGUGACACGUUGUAGUUUUAAACGAGCGAUAUGGAUGCUGCUCCUUCGAAUAAACAAGAACAAGAAUGUCUAGUAUGCGAUUAUACAAAAAAUAACAAGACAAAUUUAAAACGGCAUUUUGAUGAGGUUCAUUUGAAUGAACGAGAACAUAAAUGUGAGUUUUGUGAGUAUGCAGCAAACCUAAAGGAAAAACUUGAAAAUCACUUAAAUGAUGUUAAUUUGAAUAAACGAGAACAUAAAUGUGAGUUUUGUGAGUUUGCAGCUAACCAGAAGGGAAGUCUUGAAAAUCAUAUAAAGGCUGUUCAUUUGGAUGACCGAGAAUAUAGAUGUCACCUAUGCAACUUUACUUCAGCUCAUAAAGGGAGCAUCAAACAGCAUAUAGAUGCAGUUCAUUUCAAGAAACGAGAACAUAAUUGUGAAUUUUGUGAGUAUGCAGCUAACAAGAAGAAAAAUCUUGAAAUUCAUAUGAAGGCUGUUCAUUUGGAUAAACGAGAACAUAGAUGUCACAUGUGCAACUUUGCUUCAGCUUAUAAACAGAGCAUCAAAAAGCAUAUAGAUGCAGUUCAUUUGAAUAAACGAGAAUAUAAAUGUGAGUUUUGUGAGUUUGCAGCUAACCAGAAGGGAAGCCUUGAAAAUCAUAUAAAGGCUGUUCAUUUGGAUAAACGAGAACAUGUAUGUCACCUAUGCAACUUUACUUCAGCUCAUAAAAAGAACAUCAAACAGCAUAUACUUGCAGUUCAUUUGAAAAAACGAGAACAUAAAUGUGAGUUUUGUGAGUAUGCAGCUAACCAGAAGGUAAAUCUUAAAAAUCAUAUGAAGGCUGUUCAUUUGAAAAAACGAGAACAUAGAUGUCACCUAUGCAACUUUACUUCAGCUCAUAAAAAGAACAUCAAACAGCAUAUAGAUGCAGUUCAUUUGAAAAAACGAGAACAUAGAUGUCACCUAUGCAACUUUACUUCAGCUCAUAAAAAGAACAUCAAACAGCAUAUAGAUGCAGUUCAUUUGAAAAAACGAGAACAUAAAUGUGAAUUUUGUGAGUAUGCAGCUAACCAGAAAAAAAAUCUUGAAAAUCAUAUGAAGGCUGUUCAUUUGGAUAAACAAGAACAUAGAUGUCACAUAUGCAACUUUACUUCAGCUCAUAAAAUGAACAUCAAAAGGCAUAUAGAUGCAGUUCAUUUGAAUAAACGAGAAUAUAAAUGUGAGUUUUGUGACUUUGCAGCUAACCAGAAGGGAAGCCUUGAAAAUCAUAUAAAAGCUAUUCAUUUGGAUAAACAAGAACAUAGAUGUCACAUAUGCAACUUUACUUCAGCUCAUAAAAUGAACAUCAAAAGGCAUAUAGAUGCAGUUCAUUUGAAUAAACGAGAAUAUAAAUGUGAGUUUUGUGACUUUGCAGCUAACCAGAAGGGAAGCCUUGAAAAUCAUAUAAAAGCUGUUCAUUUGGAUAAACAAGAACAUAGAUGUCACAUAUGCAACUUUACUUCAGCUCAUAAAAAGAACAUCAAAAGGCAUAUAGAUGCAGUUCAUUUGAAUAAACGAGAAUAUAAAUGUGAGUUUUGUGACUUUGCAGCUAACCAGAAGGGAAACCUUGAAAAUCAUAUAAAGGCUGUUCAUUUGGAUAAACGAAAACAUAGAUGUCACAUAAGCAACUUUACUUCAGCUCAUGAAAAAAACAUGAAAGAAGAGAUGUAGUUCAUUUGAAGAAUGCAAUUGAAAGGGAAGAGUCGAUAAAGAUAUGAAUGUUAUUCGCUUCAAUAAACGAGAAAAUAUGUGUUAACAUUUUCAACUACUCAUACUCAUAAUCAUACUCAUACUUGCUUACGAGUAUGCUUCAGUUAAAAAAGAAACCUAAAAAAGCAUAUAAAAGCACUAUUCAUUCGAAUGUAAAAAAACUUGAAUAUCACCUAUACAAGUUCACUGUAGUUGGUAACAAAAUUGUCAUGUGGAAAAUGAGGAACUACCUCCAGUACCUGAUGAUAUUGACGAUUCAGAAUUGAAUAAUUU